UUUUUUUGUUGGGUGCGUUUUGGGAGGAGAGAGAGAGAGAGAGAGAUGAUGAAGAGAAUCUGAACUGAUGGAAGCACACACAUGAGACAUACAGCGGCACUUCAUUAUUCUCUUCUCCCCGAGAAAAAUAAACACAAAAGAAAAUUGAAAAUAAAUCCUGUGCUGUACUCUUCGCCGGGAAACGUCUACAAGAUCGUGAUUGUUGAUCACAGAUCUUUAUCUUGGACCUUAAUCUGAUCUGAUUAUUUUGGACAGAACAUGUAUGAAUCUGUAUGUAUGCACGGAGGGGGUGGUGGAUUUAUGUGGGUGUUGAUUGCUUUGGGAGGUGCAAAGCUUGACUGGAUCUGAAACCCUAAUGGAACUGGAACAAUCAUCGUGAAUCAGUCGAAGGUAAACUCCUCCUGAUUCUGAUUAAAAUCGCCAGAUCUGUUCGAAAAGGCCUUGAUUUUCACUGUUUUGAGACUUACCUUGUAUUUGGACUCGAAAAGAUCGUUUCUUGACUUUAAGAUCCGUCGAUUUAGGGUUUAUCUGGCACAGGAAAUAACCCUAGGCUCUCUUGGACUUGUAGUUUUCGUUGGGAAUUUUGACUGGAGAUUUCGGAUAUAUUUGUGGGAUUAAUUUUUUUUUUACUUUGUGUUGACUUUUGAGGUAUCUGAACGAAGAACAUAGAGAUCAUUUCUAACUUGCAAGAAGUUGUUCUUCAAGGGCAAAAAAGGAGGGUCGUCUUCUUUCUUUUUUUGGGUAGUUUACUGGAUUUCUAGUAUUAUCCUAUACUGCUAUAGAUUGUUGUUGAGAGAUGCAUCCGAGGCAUCGUAGUCCUGGAAAUGGAUACAGGUCUAGUCCCAUGGGAAUAGGUGGUGUAGCGGCAGCCUCUCGGAUUUCACCGGAAAGUUCGAUGAGAGGUCAUGGGAUGUAUAAUUCCGAUUACAGGGGUUAUAAUCGAGGUUUUGGGCGAGGCCAACCAAAACCAUUCCAAGCGGCACAGCCUCCACCGCGGCCACUGCCUCCGCCACCCCGUAGAACAGACAUUUUUAUGGAGGCUGGUCGGCUAGCGACUGAAUAUUUGGUCUCUAAGGGAUUGCUUCCCCCAAAUGUUGUUUCAGGGAGGUUGCAAAAUGGCAGUUUAAAGAACCAGGUAGGUGAGUUUCAGGGUUUUAGGCCACAAGAAGGAGAUAGUAUGAACCUUACUCCAGAUGGUCGCUCUUCGGCUCUUGCUCGUUUGGGGAAUGCUUCUGAUGCAGGGUCAGGUAGGAGAAGGUUUGGUGAUGAAUAUAAUAAUCCAACUGGGUCAAGAAGUUAUAUGCGAGGUAGGAGGAGGACAGGAUCCUUCAAAAAUUAUGGUUCUGAUUGGGGUCAAGGAAUGGGAAGGAGUGGGCCCUUCCCUGAUAAAGCCAGGACUCCUUCAGAUGUGGAAGGUGAUGUUGAUUCUUUGUCGGGAUAUCCAGAACAACAGUCUGGUAAUGGUGUUGUUAAUGAUGAGCAGAUGUCGGAAUCAGCACCUAAAAUUGAUGGUGCAGGUGAUUCCGAGUCUGGUUUGGAGAAAUCUCAGUUACAGGAUGACACAAGUACAAAGGUAAGUUCUGAUAUUGGGAAAGACCUCCCUCCUGAAAAUAAUGUGGAACUUGCUAAGAUGUCUGAUGAUGUUUUGAGACUCUCCAAUGAAGAUACUAUUGAGCUUAUGGAUGCGACUGGUAGUGAUCAAGUUGAGAAUCGAAGUGAGAUGAAGAAUGCACCCAUUGAGCAUUUUGCAGUGGAAGGUGAUUGCAUAAACAAGAAUGGUGGUAGUUUGUUAAGUCUCUGCAGAUUUGCCAAAAUCCCUACCAAAACCCGGUCUUCCUUGACAGCCAGGGGAUUGAAGGUUGAUCCAGUUCCAGCUACCGAGGAGAUAAAAAAUUGUGACAAAGGACAAGAGGAAAACAAUUCCGAUGUGGGACCUCUGAUGGAAACUGAAGUCCCGGUUAAAGAUGUUUCGGUUGAUGCCUCCUCAGUUGAUGCUUCAUCAAAUCAAAUUCCACAUCCAAAAUACCUUGAUUCUGAUAUUAUAGAUGCACCUGUUAUUAUGUCUGUUGAGGAUGCAGGAGAAUUAGCUCCUGUGUACGAUAAUCAGGAAAAAUUCUUGAGGUCUCAAUCUUUUCCAGAUGGGUCUUUCGUGAACAAACAAGAGUCAAGUGAGGAGCCUCCUGGGUUUGGAAGCUGCAGCUCCGUGAUUAUGGUGGAAAGAGGUGAGAAACGAACUGCAGAACAGACUGAUAGCAGGGAGGGAACAAAGAAACCAAGAGAAUGGGUCCCGUCAGUAGGUACCCAGACUGAUGAAUAUUCGCAUCUUCCUCACGCAAAGGGAAAGCAGCUAGUUUCACAAGAAGGAAGGAAAUUACCUGAUGACGAAAUGAUAUUGGCCGAGGAACAAGAGAGGCCCGUAGAUAUGUCUCUGUAUCAGAGUGGUGAUGCUGGACCAUGCAUUGACUAUUCAGAAGAGAAGCAACUCUUCCCCAGUUCAUUUAAGAUUUGUGACCUUAAUCUUAUGGAGGUUUCUGAAGUGAGCGAGAGACCUCAUUGUGAUCCAAUGAUUAUUUUCCCUUCUAUUCCAGAAAUCAAAGCUGAAGCAACACCGGUAGAUGUUGAUUUGUCGAUUAGCAAUACUUGCAAUGUAGCUGGUAAAUAUGGCAUACGUGGUGCUGAUGGCAAAGAGGUUGAGGUGAUAGACUUGGAAAAUGAUACCCUACAAGAAGAUAAUGCCUUCAAUGAUACGGAGAGGAAGGAAGAAACUGAAUUUGCAGGCUUGGAGAGCUUUCCUAAUCACGAUGCACAGGGUACGAAUGACAUUUCUGAUGCUCAGGAUGGUUAUGGGCUUAUGUUCUCGGAGUUGCUUGGAACAGAUAUCUCCAAUUGUUCUUCUGUACCAGCAGACAUUGAUUCUCUGCACAAUGACAUGGCCCUUCAUAAUGGAGAGGGGAUUCUCGGUGAUGAUGAAUCAAUAUAUAUGUCCCUGGAAGAAAUUCCAAUAAGCUUUAUGCGGGGCUGGGAGCAGCCAGGCCAGGAAUAUGAUAAGCCCUUUUGAACUGUUUUUGUCCAGAUAUCAAGUCUGUUGGGGGUUGGUAUGCUUAUUAUUCAUGAUCAAGAUUCGUUAGCUAAAACUCUAGCUCUUACUGUAUCUCUUUUUUGUUGUUGUUGCUGUUAGCUCUUACUGUAUCUUUCUUUCCCCUCUUAUGUUUGGUUUGACUGGCUUUGAAUUCAAGAAAAUGUGCUUCCAUUUUGAGGUUUCAAA